UUGCAAACUCCUCUGUUGCUAGCGAAGAAAGAAUCUCUCCAAUCAAGCGUGCUUUUCUUUCUUUCUUUCUUCUUUUCCCUCUACUUUUCUCAGGUAAAUUUUGCCUCCUGUCUUCUCGUCUGUUCGAUUUUCUUCUCACUUUAACGGAAUGUUUGCUGGCCAAGAAAUCUCAGUCUCUCUCGUUAACGUGAUAGAUGAGAACCUAACGCAGCUGAAGAUGCUCAACAAUAUUCUUUUCUCUGUUCAUUUCGAUGAGAAAUACUAUGCUGAUGUCGUUGCUUCUGGCGAACUAACAAAACUAGCUUAUCACAGUGAUACUUGUGUUGGUGCAAUUUCAUGCCAUCGUGAGAGGAAGGAAGAUGGUGCAGUUAGGCUCUAUAUCAUGACUUUAGGUGUUUUAGAACCUUAUCGCCGCCUUGGUGUUGGAACAAGGCUGAUGAAUCAUAUGCUUGAUUUGUCCUCCAAGGAGAACAUGUCUGAGGUUUACUUGCAUGUUCACACAGACAAUGAAGACGCCAUAAACUUUUAUAAGAAACUUGGGUUUGAAACGACAGAAAGGAUCUCAAACUAUUAUAGGAACGCCAUUGUCAUAAAAGACUACUAUGUUCUCACCAAGCGUUUGGCUGUUCUCACCAAGCACGAGGCUGUAAAUACAGACAAGAAAUAACAUUUCUUGGUAAGGAAUUUGAAUUGAAAGAUCUUCAUCUGAAGUUCAGCUAGCUUUCCACAAUUGUGAAAGAUUCAAUGUAAAUGUUGUGUCAGGCCCCAAAAAAAAAAAUGUAAAU